GCCCAACAUGUGAAGCAAGCCACUUCUCUCUUGCUCAAAUCGUAAAGUUUGUUUGGAUUUUAAAUUGUAACUUCGUUAUACAGGGCUGCAGUGUCACGGUGCAUGCAGGGUCUAUUUUGUUAUAUUUAUUCAUUAUAAGGAAUGGCAUCAAAAGCCUUGUAUUCGCAAAGGGACCCCGCAUUAAAGAAGAGAGAUGACUUCGAGGAUGUCCUGGAAGAGAGGAGAAACUCCAGUGACUUGAGAUACGCACUGAGGUGUUAUACGCCAGUUCUCUACAAGGGCAUGACUCCCUGCAAAGCGAGCAUGCUCAAGACCAUCGUGCUCCAGUCCGAACAGCUGCACUAUGUUGUUAACCAGGUGUCCAAGGAGACAGGCGAGGCCAUGGAUAUCAUCCAGGAGGAGGCUGCGGGCAUUCUGGAGGAGAUGGCGCACCGGCUGCAGCUCAGCACCAUUCGCUUCUUUGCCUUCACCCUCAGCAAAGCCUUCAAGGCCCUCUUCCAGGGCGUCCGUGUCAACGAGGAGGGCAUCCAGAGGCUUCAGCAGGCCAUUCAGGAAUACCCGGUGGUGCUGCUUCCCAGUCACCGCAGUUACAUUGACUUCCUCAUCAUGUCCUACAUCCUCUACACCUAUGACCUAGCCCUGCCGGUCAUCGCUGCUGGAAUGGACUUCCUGGGCAUGAAGUUCAUUGGUGAGAUGUUGCGAAUGUCUGGUGCUUUUUUCAUCCGCCGGUCGUUCGGAGGCGAUAAGCUUUACUGGGCUGUUUUCUCCGAAUACGUGAAAACAAUGCUGAGGAAUGGAUAUGCCCCAAUAGAGUUCUUCUUGGAAGGGACAAGAAGCCGCACAUGCAAGUCAUUGACCCCUAAAUUGGGUCUGUUGAACAUCGUGAUGGAGCCCUUCUUUAAGGGGGAGGUCUUUGACGUCAGCUUAGUGCCAAUCAGCAUCAGCUACGAGAGAAUUCUGGAGGAGACUCUGUACGCCCGCGAGCUCCUGGGCGUCCCCAAACCCAAAGAGUCCACUUCGGGGUUGCUGAAAGCUCGGAGAAUCCUCAGCGAAGACUAUGGGAGUAUACAUGUGUAUUUUGGUCAUCCGGUGUCCGUCCGCACCCUGGCCCAGGGCAGAAUCAACCGGUCCCAUUACAACCUGAUCCCCAGGCAUAUUCCCAGAAGGCCGAGCGAGGAGACGCAGAGCUUCGUGAAUGACACGGCCUACCGGCUGGUGCGGCAGCAGGAGGAGAACAUGGUUCUGAGGCCCUGGGUUCUGAUCGCCACCGUCCUGCUGCAGAACCUGGACGGACUGGACUCAGCGCUGCUGACAGAGCAGGUGGCCUGGCUGCGGGAUGUAGCCCGCUCUUUCGGCGCCUUCCUGGACUGGCCUGACCAUGAGCCCCUCAGUAAGGUGGUCUCCUCCAGCCUCGCUCUUCAUCACGGCCUGGUGUGUGUGGCUGGGGGGCGGGUCACCCUGGCGCAGGAGACGCAGGAGCUGUCCAGCCCGGAAGAGGCCCUGUUCAACCGGGCUGUCACCGUGCUCUCCGUCGCCUCCUACAGGAACCAGAUACUGCAUGUUUUCGUACGCCCAGCCUUGGUGGCCGUAGCCAUGCAAGCUGCAGCCACCACUAGGAAAGACGAUGUCUACGGUUUCUUCUCAUUCAUUCGCAAUGUGUUUUCCAAUGAGUUCAUUCUCUGUCCGGGAGCUGCAGUUCAGGACUUCGAGGAGGCCUGCUACUUGCUGAUGAAGUGCGGCGCCGUGCAGAUCCUGAAGCAGGACAUUGCGGUGACAGACAGAGGCCAGCCCGUCCUCUCCUUCCUCAACGGCAUGCUGGAGCCCUUCCUUCAAGGGUACCAGAUGGUGUGUCGGUACUUCUGUGAGGAGGCCAGCGAAGGUGUUUCUGAACGGCAGUACGUCCCAGCUGUGCGAAGCUUUGCUGCUAAAUGCAUCCUGUCAGACAGCCUGAAGUGCUAUGAGGCCCUUUCCUCAGACUUGCAGAAGAAUGCGCUGGCCGCUUUGCUGAGGAUGAACGCCUUAAAAAAGGUCAAAGUAGCUGAUCAAGUCACUCUUAAAGUGAACAAGAUGGCAGUGCAAACAUUAGAAGACACACUUGGGGGUAAAGUUCCCGUUCAGAAACCUGUCCUUGCCAGACUCUAAGUCACUCCCUGUUCCCGAGCCAGCGGGGGCUCCGGAGAGCACACUAUGCCUUCAUUACCAUAAUGCCAAAUUUUACGGGACUGCACCAACUACCAAAAGGUUACAAGGCCGUUUGUUGUGUUUUUUUUUUUGUUUUGUUUUUUGUUAAGACUUCUAGUGGGCUGCCAUCUGGGACACUUUCAUAUAUUAAAGCUGUUCUAGAUUUUCGUAGAACUAAUAACACAUAAAAACGGUUUCAUAGGUCUGUUUGAGUUUACCACUUUGCACGUCCCUCUCUCUGAUGUAAUGGAACUGAUCCUAAUGUUGCCAGACCUGCUUUAAUGGUGAUGGUUAUGUUGUUGGAUCUAAAACCCCACCCAGCUCACAGCUGAAGUUUUCUAAUUUGACAGAACAAAAGAAUUCAGUGGCAGGCCUGUGUUUUUUUUAUAUUUAAAUGUAAUAUAUAUCUAUGUUUUUUGCAUAUAGCCCUUUUGUUGUUGCACAUCGCUUUCUUUUUUGUGAUUUGCAUAUAUUUAUUUCAUGUUGUAUGUUUAUUUGGUUGUUUGUGAACGUCUGUUCCUCUCCAGCUUGGGUUGUUGUCUUUCUGCAAAGGGAAAAAAUGGGUGAUUAAUAAGGAACUUAUGGGUGAUAUUAAAACAAAAUGUUUAUAAAUUCCAUCAGAGCAUUGUGACACUGGGAGUUAUGAGAAAUGGGGUGUUUUAAUAAUUUAUAAAAAGCCAGGACUUGAGUGAUCACUUGGAACCUGAGGCUUAAGCCAAAUUUUUUUAAAUGUUAUGAUGCAAUGUUGCAUAAAUUGUAACAAUUCACAGUUUAUCCAGAAUCCAGACGGUAUGCGUCACAGGCUCAUAGGGUGUGUAAUUGAACCCGCUCACUGUGGUUUAAUAUACAGAACACCAUGUUGAAAUGGUCCGUGGGGAAUUGGUAAACCCCACAAAUGUCAUAUCUGCUUCUUUAGUUCCACGAGAUGCACCUGCUGUGAACAUCUCAUUAUUCACUCAAGUCUGCUUUUUAAGGCUCCAUUUUGACAGAUAGCUUCACGUCCUGAGAAGUGUAUUGCUGCGUUGGAAUUGAUGUGCUUAUGUUUACAGUGCAACUUUGGAAAAAAAAAAAGGACAAUGAUGAAGGUAUUUAAUAUCUCUGAGACCUGUAACAUGUUGCCAUGCUGGGUUUAUAUACUUAAGUUUAUCAAGCAGAAUUUUAAGAAUGGCUUUAAUACACUUUUGGAAUAUAUGUUUGGUUCAUUUAAAAAUAAGUGAAAAGCACUCCC